CUCUACAGUAGCUGCCUUGCAUUCGUGUUUGUCGUUAGACUGAAACAAGAAGCGUCUUAGACAUGUCUGGAAGAGGCAAAGGCGGUAAAGGACUCGGAAAAGGAGGCGCUAAGCGUCACCGUAAAGUUCUGCGCGAUAACAUCCAGGGAAUCACCAAACCCGCCAUUCGUCGUCUCGCUCGCCGCGGCGGCGUCAAACGCAUCUCCGGUCUGAUCUACGAGGAGACCCGCGGUGUGUUGAAGGUGUUUCUGGAGAACGUCAUCCGGGAUGCCGUCACCUACACCGAGCACGCCAAGAGAAAGACCGUCACCGCCAUGGACGUUGUGUACGCGCUGAAACGACAGGGCCGCACCUUGUACGGCUUCGGAGGUUAAACUCCUUAAAUCAGAAAAUAAUAAACCACAAACCCAACGGCUCUUUUAAGAGCCA